GAAUGCUUUGACAAAACUGGAGAAGAAGUCGGACGUGCCUGAUGAGGAGAGAGUGACCAUUUACAACCAAGUGUCGUCACCCCAGAACCGAAUUGAUUGGUAUACGAAGCAGAGUUUGUGUAGAGGGUCCUUUUGCCAAGUCCCCUCCGCGCGAAUGAUUUGGUACUGCUGGUUAAUACUCAACAGAUACCUGUUCGUGCACAGUAUAUACUCCAUUUUCUUUCACAUUGUACCGGCAGCCAUCGUGGACACAUUUGCACGACUUGCAGGUUAUAAACCGAUGUUACUGGAUGCGUAUGCAAAAAUUGAUAAGUUCUACGACGUGGCAUCCUUCUUCACCACGCAACAGUGGAAGUUCCGGGAUGAAAAUGUGAAGAAAUUGUGGUCGAAGAUGAGACCCAUCGAUCGAAAAAGCUUCAAUUUCAACGUGGCACACAUAAACUGGCCCGAGUACUUCGACGUCUACGUUACAGGCAUUCGUGUAUACUUGCUGAAGGAUCCACUCACUGAAGAGUCCUUA